UCCACAAAGCCUUGCAGAAUGGCUCCUGUGUUCCGUAUCGCCCUUGCUCUCCUGGCCCUGGCUGUAGCUUGCAGCGCUCAGUGCUUCCUUCAGCCCCUGGAAGUCAAAGACCCAAAAAAGCCACCUGAAGGUUGCCUGGAUAGUGAAGGAAAGAUGCACAAGUUUGGCUCGCAGUGGGUGACUCCUAACUGCCUUGACUGUUCCUGCUCCACAGAGGCAAUGAGCUGCUGUACAAUGAUCCCAACAGUUGUUUCGAUGCCACCACGAUGCAAGAUGCUGGUGAAUGAGAAAAGCUGCACAUAUAAAAUGGUAAUGAAGGCCAACCUAAAUUUGCCAUGCGUGCUAAAGGGCAAUGAAAGAAUUGCACUUGUUAAUAAAAAAUGA